CGUCUUACACACCUUUUACUGCUAUAUAGGAAACCCCCAGUUUCAAUCUGAGGCACUUAGUUCUUACACGGUCCUAAACUUGGGAGUAUAGGGGGGGCCUCCCCAUCAUCGCACCCGACCCUAUAUCCAGAAAUGCAAUUCCUAUCUAGAUAGAGCCUCGUGUGCAAUCGGGCCUGGCAGUGUGAAACUCGGAUGGGGACACAGCCAAGGAAUAAUAAAACUGACCCUUUAGUGAUGUUUUCGUGUUUUGGUCACUAGCGGUUUGUCCAUAUUACGGCUGGGAAAGGUGUCAUACAUGAAUCCCUUUUCUCCAUUCCACAACCCUAUUUCCUGAUUUACCAUUUCAUUUCGUCAUGCUUAUAAACAUUUUCCUAUGUAACUGUCUAUACACUGUCUAUAUUAUACCCUUCUAGCCCUGAGUUCGAUAAUAUGACUUCGGCAACCGGUACUUCAGUACUGUUGGGACCUUUGACAACAACUUGGACACCACCGCCUGCUUGUACUAUCGCGGUUGCAGGUUGCAGUACAUGUCCUUAUGGAUGGCUGGCCCAAACAUGCGGUGGGCUCGAUGAAGUUCACGACGAGACGUCUUGUUGGCCGCCUAGGACCCUGGGUGCAACAACGCCGGGCCAACCUCUCUUGGCAUGGGGCAUAUAUUCACCGGGACUUGUGUGUCCUCAGGGAUACACGACGGCUUGUUCAUAUAAUGGUGCGAAGAAGACAGGGGACUUCAACUUUUACUUCAGCCCUGAAGAAUCAGAAACAGCUGUUGGCUGUUGUCCACCGGGAUAUGCCUGUUCUCGGAAUGCUGCCGGCCAGACAUGCAUCACGACAUUGACCUCAACCACAGUCCCGACUGUGACAUGCGAAUCUGGGACCAGCGCUCAUUUUGAAUACGUGACGAUACCAUAUGCUGCGGCCGACGUUAGUACUAUCCAGGUUAUCUCGACUUUCACGGUCUUCGCCCCUUUAUUCCAACUCAACCAUCAGGCCUCUGACUUCCCGAGUACCACGAAUAAGGCAACCGUCCCGUCUACCAGCGGCGCGAUAUCCUUAUCACCAGCGCAGACUUCACCACUACAAGCUUUACCAACGCAAUCAUCAAGUGCGCAAGGUCUAUCCGCUGGGGCGCAGGCUGGUAUAGGCUGUGGCGUUGCUCUCGGUAUCAUUCUGCUAGGAACUAUAGCCUUCUGCCUGUUUCGAUCAAGAAGACGGAGGGUCGGCCCUCACCCUAUCGAAUUGCAAAGCGCUGAACAGGAAAUGAAGUUUCCAAUAGAGUUCCACGCGCAAGCUCCUGCAGUACCUAUGGGAACGAGGCCAACCAGAGAAGCGGCCGAGCUUGACGGCAGCUAUGGAAUCAAUCAAGGUUUUUACCAACCAUUAACCAGACCUUUUAGUUAAGCUGCAAGGCAGGGCUGGUGUCACUUUAUAUUUUCGCGAUAAUGGAAUUCGAGUAUCAUAAUGAACGACGUGAGGCGAUUUUCAAAUUUCCUCGUGUUUUUGACAACUAUAGUCCCCGCGCUAUGUACUAGAAACGAGGCGUUUUGGUAGAUGACUGGCGUGGAGGGCGUUUACAAUUCGCAUACGACUUUUCGUCUAGUUGUACUUUACGUUGUACUAUCGGCUAUUGUAUGUAGGUAUCAGUGGGCUCUCGGGGGCAAGUAUAACAGGGGCUAGCUUGACCUUCGUAUUGCCGGGUGGAAUAGAGAUGUUAUUCCAUGAGAAUAUCCUAUAGGCAUCAAAUAGUCGGUGGGCUUCUCAUUGCGACCAUCCUGGACCAUGUAUGUUAAUAUGGAAGGCCCGCCACAUAGGAAAGCCCAAUGCCUUAAUAGCGAUACGUUCCGGCUCGAGCUUAUAU